CACACACACAUACACACAGGGAGAUGGCGGGGACAGAGAGCCGGCUCGUGUCUUUGCCUCUGGCCCGGAUCAAAGUGAUCAUGAAGAGCUCCCCUGAUGUGUCCAGCAUCAACCAGGACGCCCUGAUCAUCACGGCCAAAGCUACGGAGCUGUUUGUGAAAUACCUGGCGUCGUACUCCUACAAGCACGGCAGCGGCAAAGAGUCCAACGCGCUGACGUACGACGACUUGUCGCACACGGCCGAGGAGUCCGAGACCUUCCAGUUCCUGGCUGACAUUUUGCCGAAGAAAAUCCUUGCCAGUGACUACCUCAAGAUGCUGGAGAAGGAAGAAGAAGGCGUCCAUGAUGACAGUAAUGAAGAGGAGGAGGAAGAGGAAGAGGAGGAGGAGGAGGAAGAAGAAGAAGAGGAGGAGGAGGCGGCGGGGGAGGGGGAGGUGGAGGUGGAAGAAGAAGAAGAGACCGAGGACUCUGAUGAAGAAGAUGAGGAUUAUGAACAGGAAGAUAACGAGGAGGAGGAGGAGGAGGAGGACGAUUGAUCUUCUGGUCUCUUGGUGUUCCUGAUGGUUUAAAAGACUUUUCUUGUUUCUCGGUUGUAGAUUUAUUUUUUUACUGUUUUAUAAUGGAUCAAAAUUCCCA